CAAUGAAGGGUUUUAUUACCGGUGACGCUAUUCGCAGUCAUCGCUUGUAGAAAAAAACAAGACUGGUUCCGGUUUGAAUGCGGAUUCAUUAUUGCGUAACAGACACAACGACAGACACUAUCAAACAAACAAGGAAUAACUGACUCAAGCCUGCGUGUUCAGAAUGAUAUUUCAUUCUUAUUUCGUGUUAUGUAUAUUGUCAGUAUUAUCUGCAGCUGAUGAGUGUGUCAAGGUUGACACCUGUACAUGCAACACAUCAACACGGACCAUCAACCUGCACCCGUUAUCAGCAACCACUGGACCAAGAUUCACCAUUCCUGGUAUAGACUCGGACAAAUUCUUCUACAAUCCAUGUAAAGAUUUUACAGAGGGAGGUUCAACUGGUGUGGUUAUUCAACAACAAGGUGGAGUGUACUAUGUAACUGCAGAUGACAAUACAGCAACCUUUAGUGGUGACCCUGACCUUGGCACCUUGACCUUGAGCUAUCAACAUGCAGAGGGCGGGAUCAUCAGAAUGUCAAAAGUGAAGUUAGUUUGCAUGGAAAGUACUAAUCAACUGAUCUUUAAUGAAGAAAAACCCAAACUGAAUUAUAAAUUUACGUUGAACACAGAAUAUGUGUGCAUCCCUGGGAGUCAGUCGGGCCUGAGUACAGGAUCAAUACUUGUUAUUUUAUUCUUUGUGCUUCUGGUGGUGUAUUUGAUAGCAGGAAUCUUGUUCCUGAGGUUUAUCCGAAAAGCAGAGGGAUUAGAGUUGGUUCCGAAUUAUGAUUUCUGGACUGCUAUACCUUCCUUGAUACGGGAUGGAAUUUAUUUCACUCUCCGAGGAUUCAAGACUGAAUCAACAUAUCAGAAGAUUUGAUAGUCUCUUCAUGUUUCUUGUUAUUUGUGUGUGAGAGGAACUCAGGUUUUCACUGGUGUCACUGGUGCAUAGUGCAUAGUUCAUAAUAUCAAAAUCUCAUGUGUGAAAUCGAACUUAUUUAUGCAUACGUAGUUUUCUAGACAUAUUCCAGAAUGUAUAUAUUUUUGAAAUAAUAGAUGAUAGCUAUGUGUAAUAUAUUUUCAAGAAGAUAUGUUUUGAAUAAUUCCAUGCAAAGAUUUCUUCAACAUGAUAUUUUCCAUCUAUUGCUUUGUGUCGGUUUGAAUCGUCAGUUGGUUGUGACAAGCAGAAAGUCUGCUAAAGAAACCGCUAGGUGGAUACUUCCAAUAACAGAGGGGCACAGGUGGCCCAGUUGUCUUAGGUGCUGCAAUUCACUGUGCAGAGUUGUGUCCCUUGGACAUGAAUGAUCAUGGGGUUGAGUCUUGGUUCUGCCCUAUGAUGUUUCUAGGUUUGUCAGCACUAUACCCGUGCUUGUGGGUUUCACCGAAGUGGUAAACGUCUGAGACCUGCAUCACUUCAGGCUUUCCUCCCACAUUAAGCUGACAUCCCGUGAUAUAACUGGAAUACUAUUAAAAGUGGCAUAAAGCCCAGCUCACUCCACCAAAAGUUACGGAACUUUUGCUAUGAUCUUAUUUAGCAGUGGUCUAAAGUUGUCUAGUUGUUGCAGUUGGAGUGAGUGAGUGAGUGUGUAUGGUUUUUACGCUGCUUUUAGCAAUAUUCCAGCAAUAUCAGCGCGGGGACACCAGAAAUCGGCUUCACACAUUGUACCCAUGUUGGGAAUCGAACCCGGGUCUUCGGCAUGACGAGCGAAUGCUUUAACCACUAGGCUACCCAACCGUCCCUGUUGCUGUUGGAGAUGGAGGAGUUGGAGAUAAGGGUGCAUGGGCAAUGUAUCUCUUUGAAUGUUUGAUAAGAAAGAUUUAACACAAACUUUCUACCGUGACGUUCUUCAAUUAUGAUAUAUAUCCAACCUGCUUUUGUAUGUUCUGUAAGAUAAGACUGUGUUGAAUGAUGUAUGAGAGAUUCAGCUUCUUUUUGUUAGAUCUGAAGUAGAUGUGGAUCCACAUGUAUGUAAUUCCUGCCACUGUUUGCCCACUAGGGGAUACCAAGUUUUGGCUAUUAGAUCUGAAGUAGGCGUGAAUCCACAUGUAUCUUGGCCCUGCCACUGUCUGCCCAGAGGUUCCAAGUUUUGACUUUUAGAUCUGAAGUAGAUGUGAAUCCAUAUGUAUCUCGGUCCCAAGUUUUGGCUAUUAGAUCUCAAGUAGAUGUGAAUCCAUAUGUAUCUAGGCCCUGCCACUGUCUGCCAAGAGGUUCCAAGUUUUGACUUUUAGAUCCGAAAUAGACGUUAUUCCAUAUGUAUCUAGGUCCUGCCACUAUAUGCACAGAGGCUCCAAGUUUUGACUCUUAGAUCUCAAGUAGACGUUAUUCCAUAUGUUUCUAGGUCCUGCCACUGUCUGCCCAGAGGUUCCAAGUUUUGACUUUUAGAUCUCAAGUAGAUGUGAAUCCAUAUGUAUCCAGGCCAUGCCACUGUAUGCACAGAGGCUCCAAGUUUUGCCAAUUAGAUCUCAAGUAGAUGUGAAUCCAUAUGUAUCUAGGUCCUGCCACUGUCUGCCCAGAGGUUCCAAGUUUUGGCUAUUAGAUCUGAAGUAGACGUUAUUCCAUAUGUAUCUAGGUCCUGCCACUAUAUGCACAGAGGUUCCAAGUUUUGGCUCUUAGAUCUGAAGUAGACGUUAUUCCAUAUGUAUCUAGGUCCUGCCACUAUAUGCCCAGAGGUUCCAAGUUUUGGCUAUUAGAUCUGAAGUAUACGUUAUUCCAUAUGUAUCUAGGUCCUGCCACUAUAUGCACAGAGGUUCCAAGUUUUUACUCUUAGAUCUCAAGUAGACGUUAUUCCAUAUGUAUCUAGGUCCUGCCACUAUAUGCACAGAGGUUCCAAGUUUUGACUCUUAGAUCUCAAGUAGGUGUGAAUCCAUAUGUAUCUAGGUCCUGCCACUGUCUGCCCAGAGGUUCCAAGUUUUGACUUUUAGAUCUGAAGUAGAUGUGAAUCCAUAUGUAUCUAGGUCCUGCCACUAUAUGCACAGAGGCUCCAAGUUUUUACUCUUAGAUCUCAAGUAGAUGUGAAUCCACAUGUAUCUAGGUCCUGCCACUUUCUGCCCAGAGGUUCCAAGUUUUGACUCUUAGAUCUCAAGUAGGUGUAAAUCCAUAUGUAUCUAGGUCCUGCCACUGUAUGCACAGAGGCUCCAAGCUUGACUUUUAGGUCUCAAGUAAAUGUGAAUCCAUAUGUAUCUAGGUCCUGCCACUGUCUGCCCAGAGGUUCCAAGUUUUGACUUUUAGAUCUCAUGUAGAUGUGAAUCCAUAUGUAUCUAGGUCCUGCCACUAUAUGCACAGAGGUUCCAAGUUUUGACUUUUAGAUCUGAAGUAGGUGUGAAUCCACAUGUAUCUAGGUCCUGCCACUGUCUGUACAGAGGUUCCAAGUUUUGACUCUUAGAUCUCAAGUAGGUGUGAAUCCAUAUGUAUUUAGGUCCUGCCACUGUCUGCCCAGAGGCUGCAAGCUUUGACUUUUAGAUCUGAAGUAGAUGUGAAUCCAUAUGUAUCUAAUUCCUGCCACUGUCCUUCCAAUAGGAGAUUCAAAGUUUAAGCUUUUACAUCCUAAGUAGUAAACUGACACACUAAAAUUGCAUAUUUGAUUUUUUGUAAUAUUUUGCAAAAUGGCCACAAAAAUCAAUUGAAAUUGCUCAGAGCAUUUGGGCAUGAGAUAAUCAACACAAUGUCAUCGUUGGGGUUCAAGUCUCAUUUGAUGUGUUUCGAUAUAGACACAGAAAAACACAGCUUGUCUGAUGCUUCAAAUUUUGAUUGUGUGUUUUUCUGUGUGCCAGUAUAUGAAACUCCUGCCAUGGUCUGCCCAGAUAUUUCAAGUUUUGGCAGUUAGAUCUGAAGUGUAUGUGGAUCCACGUGUCUCCCUACGUCCUGCUACUUUCUAAUAACAAGUUACAGCUUUCUGAUUUAUUAUUAUCCCCCGUUACGAAGUGGAAGGCGGAUAUAGGAAUGGUAGCUGUCCAUCCAUCCAUGACGUUUUGUUUCUGGAGCCGAACUAAAAAACCAUGAAGGAUAUCUUAACCAAACUUGUCACAUAGAUAGGUCUAGUGGUGAACUGGUGCCUUUUGAUAGUUUGGGAUUUUUAAAAAAGAUUCUUUUUAAGUUUCCAUAGUCACGACUUGGACUUAGACUGAAAGUGGUGGUAGUGCCCGUUUCUGGAGGACUGAUGCCUUGCACACAACCAGUCAUGUCAUAUUGGCGGGGGAUAUGAGUAUUUCAUGCUUAUUAUAUGUUAAUUGAAUACUAUUACUCAUUCUUAUUUCCCUUCCAUGGAUUUGUCCCUACUUUAUGAGUGUUAUCCUGAACCCAAAGUGUUUAAGCAAAGUGUGAAAGGUAAAAUAUACUGUAAGUCAUGAAAUUAAUGCAAGCCUUACUUAAUGCAAAAUACAUAAUAACAAAUCUCAUAAUAAACAAUGUAAUUGGCGCUAGAUUAAGACAGUGCUUCUUACCAUGUUCAUUGUCAAGUGUGGUCAACUUGUUUACACAUGUUGAUCAAACAGUUAUGACUGUCGCAAACCAGGUAGGACAGCAUCUUUGUUCUUGGUAAGCUUGUCAAAUAAUCUUACAUAGUGAUAAUGUCCAGUACAGUUACAGCAGCCGGUAAAGCAUUUCGCAAACUGUUUUAACAAGCUUUGUCAGUGAUCCGAGCUAUCUCUUUUGAAUAUGCGUUGUCUGAAAUUUCCUGUUUUUGAGUUCCUGAAAGUUUUAUCACAUGUAAAGCAGUUAAGUUAAGUUGUGAGAUAACAACAUAUCAUCCCACACUAUAUGAUUGAAUUCCAUGUCUACAACCUUUAUCUUAUUGUUUGCUGAUUAACUUUUGAAGGGUACUCACAUUAAUCUGGUGAAAUUAACUUCAUGAUUUACAGUACAUUUAUUUUUGUCAAGGAAAGAAUGAUGGAUAUAUUUAUUUUGUUUGUUGUUUAACAACACACUCUGCAACAGUCCAGCUUAUAACAGCGGUUUGUAAAUAAUUGAGUGGAUCAGACGACCCUCUGGUAGACAUCAUGAGCAUCAGCCUUUGCAUUUUGAUAUGAUGACCUGCAUCAAUGAGUCAACAAGCCUGACCACCCGAUCCCGUUAGUCUCCUAAUUUUAAUCUGGAUCUUCACAGGUUGAAGGACAUAUACUGCCCCAAGUUUGGCCUGUUAGAUCUAAAGAUGUGGAACCCAAGUUAACUUCAUUUUGCUUCUGUACACUCUUGCUAUUCAUGCAAUAACUAACAUGGUAGAAGGUAAUAUAUUGUCAUGGAGAUGUACAUUGCAAGCAUUGCAUUUGAUUGGCAUUUCUUUCAUUUUGUUUCCAUAAACCAAAGAAAAUAUGCCAUGCCCAAAAGAAGACUACGGUUUUGUGAUUGGCUGAUAAUAGAAUGGGAGGGGCUUAAAAUGCAUUAUUGUGCUGAAUGAUGUCACUCCUUUCAUACUGUUCACAGUUUUUUGUGUAAAUGAUUACAUGAGAAAGACGUCUGUAAAUUUAUUAUUGGUGGUGUAUUCAUUUAUAAGAAUUGUCUUCCAUGUUUUUUGCAUUGUGGAUUUACAUAGUAUGCACACCAGUUUUUACGUUUUUACAUACAUAAGCGCUAUUGAUACCGAAGUCACUUCUUUAUUUAUUUAAUACUAUUUGUUAGGCUAAUGGUAAUUUUGUCUUAGGCGCCACGAUUCACUGUGCAGAGUCACGUCCCCUGGGCACGCCAGAAACCUAUGAUUGCUGGUUCGAAUCCCGGUUUGCCCCGAUUAUCUUUCUGGGUUUGUCAUCACCAUACCUGUGCUCGUGGGUUUC